AUGUCUUUCCGAAACUACUACGACUCAUCAUCGUAUAACAGAAAUACAGGCAGGUCAUCAACCAAUACUGGAACAGAACGACCAACAGCACUCACCACAAAAUACACCACUACAUCGGCUUUGAAAUCAUCCAGUAUUCCUGUACCAUCCGAUCGCACAAUAAGAGAGGAGACACCAAUAAGUGCGAUCGCUAAUAGAUACUCUAGCUAUAGUAAAUCUAGUACUGAAAAGUCUACGCCAUCAAAGUAUGAGAAGAAAGACUACUCAAAGCUUUCGGUUCCGUCGAUAACUUCGAGUAAAAGCAGGGAAGUUAGCCCAGUAUCAUCAACGUCGAAAUAUAAAAUCACGCGAUCGUCGCGCCAUGCUAGUCCAGAAAGAAAAAAUAAUAAAAACUUUAAGGAGAAAAAUAAAGAUAUUGGAUCUACAGAGCGUGACAAAGACAUUCCUACAAAGACUGACAAGUCUUCAGGCUACAGCAGUCUGUCGAACUAUAAACUUUAUCCCCGUUCCGUAAGUUAUACUCGGCCUAUUGGUAGAACAGAAUCAAAACCCGAAGUAAAUUAUACUCGACCAUCAAGUAGAUUAGACACAAAAUCUGACACCAAUUAUACUCGUUCUUCCACAAGAACAGAAAAACCAGACAUUGGCUAUAGCCGUUCUUCCAUUAGAACAGAAGCUAAACCCGAAGUUACAGUCAAUAGAUACGCAAUCGCUAAUCGUUUAUCUUCAUCCUCAUAUUUACGAAGUCCUACUCCAAUUAAACGAUCAUUGUUGUCACCAAAUAAUAAUGAAAGCACCAGAACAGAACCAGAAAAACCAAUCAAAACAAACGAUAUCGUCGAAGAAAAUAUAGUUCCUCAUAUAGAACACUCGGAAUCAAAUGUACAAGAUUCUACUAAAUCAUUAACUGAUCAAAGUGAAGACUUAGAAACUGUAACUGUAAUAACACGGCACACUUCACCCACACCACCUGGUUCAUCUUCAUAUGUCCGUAUCAGAAGAGCAGAUCUUGCAAAAACGAUUGAAAAAGUUAUCACAAGAAAAAAAGCACGACCCCCUUCGUCUGAUAAAGAAGUUCAGUCAGAUAGAUUAGAUGAUCCAACAAGAUCAAGUCGCUUUGCUGGUUCAAGUAGAACUAGUGUUACCAAUUGGACUUAUUAUUCUCCCACCGUUCAUAAUUAUACAGGAUAUGCUGGUCGAUAUUCUACCCAAUAUUCCACAUUACGUGACAAUCCCAAUUCCUACAGCGAUAGAUGUAGCCGAAGUCGUAGCAAAGAGCCAUUAGUAUCUGAAACAAACAUCGGUAAUGUUUUAACUGAAGAUACGAAUAAUAGGGAAUAUGAUAGCACAUCAUAUCAGCAGCUCAAUGGAGAUGUCUAUGAUAAGAGUAAAGAUGACGAUGGAUCAGAAAUUAUUAUCAAUGUAAAUUUAAAGCUAAAAAAAGCUAGAAGUCCAUCCGCAAUAUCAAUGACAGAAAUAGUUUCACCUGAAAUAACUAUUACAAAUAGUCAAUUACCACCUCAACCUCCAAAAUCUGAGAGCUCCAGUAAAAUAAAGAAAAUAAAAACGCGUAAAUCAAGCACAGAUUCUUCUUCGGACUCAGGUUCUACUAAAAAAAUUGCUAAAAAGCGAACUAAGUCCGUUAGUUCGAGUGACUCGGAUCAUAGUAAUAAAAAAAGUCAAAAUGCGAAUAAACUCAGUUUAAAAAAGUCCAAAUCAAACAAUAAAGUGCAAAACGCAAUUAAAAAUAAAUCGCAAGAUAGCAGUAACAGCUUAGACUCGAGUUUAUCUUUAUCUUCAUCAAUGAGUGACGAGGAAAAUAUUUCUAAAUCAAAGACUACGGAUGUGACAUCAAUAUCAACGGAUACAUCUACAAAUAAAUUAUCUCUAAUGUCAAAUAAAAGUGAGCACGGAACAGAGGAAGCAAAAUCUUUCUUAAUUAGGGCGUUGGCGCCAGUCACAAAUCUUUUUAAGCUCAGGCACCAGGAAACUACUGAUACUAGUAAAUGGCUCGAUAGUUCUGAUACUAAAGAUAUUUCCACGCAGGUAUCAGAAAAUACGUCGAGUAAAAAUAAAUGUAAUGCAAGUAAUGUCAUAGCAUCAAACGAAGAUAAUUUAGUAAAAUUAAAAGCUAUUAGAAGAAUAGAAUCUGGUGAUAGAUCGUGGUGGCUCGAAUCCGACAAUGUUUCUAAAAAUGACGUCAGUGUAGAAGGUAAAAGUGAAGGAAGAUUACCAAACAGUAAUGAUAUUAGAACAGUAAAGAAAUACGCUGACGACGAAAAACCAUGGUGGCUUGACAGUAAUGCAAAUAUACCAGAAGGCAUUGAACGAUUAACUCCACCGAGAAGAUCGUCUAGCGAAGAUGAUAAAAGUGAAAAAUUUAUUUACUACAAGGUUCGUCAUAUGGAAUCCGGAGAUCAACGCGACUGGUGGCCUAGUAAUGAGAACUCAUCAAAAUCUAGUAGAACAGAAGGACAGAACAAUUUAAGUUUAAGCAAAUCGGGCUCAGAUCAAAAAACGUUUCCAUUACGCCGAAUUCGACACAUAGAAUCCGGUGAACGCCCUUGGUGGUUAUCUAGUGACAAGAACAUUCCAGAGGGCAUCGAAAAGCUCCCGACUCCACCGCCGCAAGAAGACAGCGAUUCAUCAGAAUCCGAUGAAGUGGAGGUGUAUAUUCCUUCGUCUCAAGUCCCCCCAUUUCCUCUGCAUUUACCAGAUGACGAGCCGCUGGGAGACCGCCGGAGUCCAGAGGGUUUAGAAAAUCCAAAUCAAAUGGAAGUUUACAGAAAUCGUUCUCCCUAUGAAAACAACCGUCGUUAUAGACGAACUCAAAGCAGGCCGUACUCUAAGACCGCGAAAUAUAUUUCACGCUAUACCGAUAUUGACGAUAUAUUAGGAACGUCCAGUCAGAUAUACAGCUCGUUCAUGGAUUCUAUAUUAACCAAGCGCGAGGACUUAUACGACGAUGAUGAUUGUGAAGAAAUUGAUCCCACUCAAGUGAGGAUCCAUGAUAGUACAGCACAAAUGCCGGUUAUUCUGAAACUUCACAGCAGGAGCGACGUGGUCGACUAUGACAGCGAAGAUGAAGUAAGUACAUACUUUAAUUUUAUUUGUUAA